UUUACCUAAAUGCAAAAGAUGACAGUUACCCUUUAGCCUAGAAAGUUUGUUUAUUUCCCGUUGGAAAUAGAGGAAAAAUUUGACAAUUGCUCGCUAAUAAAUAUCCUAGCUUUUGGAAAAAUAUUUAUGAUGGCACCAAAGUCAAGAAUUGAACAAAUUAUUGAUAGUAUAAACUCAACAAAUGCUAAAAGGGUUGCAUUUCUCCUAGUCCUCAUAUUUGCUGCCUAUCAUACAAUUCUUCACUUGAGAUUUGGUUCUAAUUCCUGUAAAUGGUUGUUGUCCGAUGGGAGAUAUAAGGGUGACCAAGAAUGGCAACCUUACGGUUGUAUGCUUCAUCUUUAUACUAAGAUAGAUACAAGAAGAUGCUUGAGGUAUCUUGCUUUUUAUGAAAAAAAAAGUUAUUUUGCAUUUGUUGGAGAUUCAAGAAUUCAAGAUCUUUAUGAAGCAUUUGUUGAACAGAUACAAGUUAGUGAUGGAACGAUCACAGAAAAUCCAGAAGCAUUUCAUAAGUCAUUCAUUCACACUGAGGAUAAACUUAAGCUCAAAGUUGAAUAUUUUCGAUUUCCUGAUGUCUCAGUUGAUAUGAUUAAAUUAUUUAGAUCUUGGCAAAAAGGAAAGAAUGAACCUUCCAUUAUAAUAGUUGGCACAGCUUUACCAGCGAUUAAGAGAUCUAAUGGAUCUCUGAAUAUGCUACAUGAAUAUACAACAAAUGUGACCAAGCUGUAUCAACCAAUCAAUGAAUUACGUAAAAAAAAUGUAAGAGUGCUUUGGGCUUUGCAAGUACCUGUAGAUGAAGAGAAGCUUAAACAUGACAACAAGAUGAUAACUAAUUCCCUAAUUGAUCAGUAUAAUGAAGCCGCAAUUGAGGUCUUAACACAUUCAUCUGCGGACUUAUGGUGGAGUACAAGAUUGGUUGGAGAAGGUAUGCUAUCUGAAAGUCCCGAUGGUAUCCACUUAUCCAAGAAGCCAAUGAGGCAUAACGUACAAAUACUUUUGAAUAUGUACUGUAACGAUUAUAUGAAUUUUGAUGAUGGCACAUGCUGCAGUUCAACGGAAUCUUACACAAUGGUUCAGAAAAUAACUUUCCUUUUUCUUGGCAUAUGUUUUGUUAUCGCCAUCAUUUUGUAUUUCUCUAAGGCAUUUAUGAGAUGGAGAAGGAAAUUCACCCAUGAAUACACACUGCUUACAGAAGAACCUCAAACAACUGAGAUAGUAUCCACUGUGCAGACUUGCUAUAUACUGUUCAGUUCAAUUUCUCGAAUUUCUAUUAUAAUGUUAUAUUUUUUCAUUUGUGAUAGAACUAACUUUUUUAUGAAGGAAAAUAAGUACUAUUCAGAAUUCAGUUUUUGGCUUCCCAUUUUUUAUAUUACAGUACUUGGAUUAUUCUUUACAGAAAAUAGCAGAUUCACUAAAGUUUUACAUCAAGAUCAACUCAACGAAACCAAAGGCUGGAUGCUUCUUGUUAUCCUUGUGUAUCAUGUAACGGGUGCAGAUAGAAUAUUGACUAUCAAUAUGCACAUGAAAGUACUGAUUUCAAGUUACUUAUUUUUGUUGGGUUACGAACAGUUCUGUUAUGUUUGGCAUCGGAAUGAUGUCAGUACUAGAAGUUAUUUCAGAAUGAUGUUCCAACUCAACUUUAUGACUGUCACUUUAUGUUUAUGUAUGAAUCGACCCUAUCAAUUUUAUUAUUUUGUUCCGUUGCUGUCUUUUUGGUAUAUGAUGAUAUAUUGUUUUGUAGCGUUACCACCAAAGAUUACUAUGGCAACUUCAGAAAAUAAUCCGAUGCAAUAUUCAUAUUUAUUGAUUAAAUUCAUCUGUAUAUUCAGUGUUAUAACAAUACUUUAUUUAUCAGAAGUGUUCUUUGAGAAAGUUUUUGUUACUCGACCUUGGAAAGCUCUGUUUGUUUCCACUGAUGAUGAUAUUCGAGAAUGGUGGCUUAUGUGGAAGUUAGAUAGGUAUUCUGUUAUUCAUGGAAUGGGAUUUGCAAUUUUGUUAUUGCUUGCUCAAAAAUAUAAUUUGUUUGAUGAUAACAACCAUAGUAAUUUAUUCUCAAGGGGGUUCACACUGAGUGCUACUCUUCUAGCUAUUGUGGGAUUAGGAUGUUAUCUUACAAUGACUUUCUUAUGUCAUGAUGAAAUGGAGUGUAGUGAGAUACAUUCUUAUGUGGUAUUUAUUCCAAUUAUUAGUUAUAUUAUUCUGAGAAACAUCUCUGGUUUUCUGCGAACUAGAUACUCUAGUCUAUUUGCUUGGUUUGGAGAAAUCUCUUUAGAGCUCUUUGUUAGUCAAUAUCAUAUUCUUCUAGCUGCAGAUAAUCAUGGAGUUUUAGUGUUAUUACCUGGAUACCCAGUUAUGAACAUAAUUAUAACUUCUUUCAUUUUUGUGACCGCCUGUCAUGAGUUUCAUAGGUUGACGAAAGUAUUACUUCCAUUUGCUGUUCCUUCUGACUGGAAAUUAGUACUGCGAAAUGCUAUUUUAUUUUUAGCUAUUCUAGUCCCAAUAGGUAUAAAGGAUGGUAUGUUCUGAAUGUUCCGUCUGUAUUUGAGUUUAUAGUGUGAGCAUGAAAUAUGUGUUCUUUGAAGGUGAGUUCUGAAGAAUACUUGGACAUAGAGGAUUUAUGUCAUAAUAAAUCCAUGCCUCUAUCAUCUGUAUAGGGGAUUAUCAUCUUAAAAUUCUUUUGGAUUAUAUGAAAGUAGAAUGCAAAUACCUUCAUUUAAGGUAAACCAUUAAAAAAAAUCUUUAAGGAAUGAACCUGGUUUUUUUUUGGAUAGGAGGAAUUAUUUAUCUUUCUAGGAAAAAUGCUUUAAAACAUUUGCAUUUUUGUUUCUGUUUCAAUGAUUAGGAGAAAACAAUCUCAUUUUACUGACCUAUGUGAAACAAUUUGUAUAAAUACCAAACAGAUCUAAUUUUGAAAUUCAUUUAAAAGAAUUCAAAUAGAAACGUUUAAUGAGGCAAAUAAGUAUACUAUAAUUGACUCUUUGGACUUGCCAUUUUUCCUCAUUGAAGACCUGAUCAAAAAAUAUACAGUUGAUUAUUUUCUCAAGAAUCAAGUUUAUCAAAAAUAUCACCCCAUCAUAAGAUACACUCUGCUUAAAUCAAUGUCAGAAUAAUUAAGAUCUCUCAAAACGAAACCAUCUAUGUUUAUGAAUUGUCCAUUAGCAUUUAUGGUGAAAUUUGUCAAAACUGCUUAGUUGGAUAUAAUUUUACUUUCUAAUAUUUAGUAGGGAUCUACUGUGAUUUUAGUAAUUAAAAUUCAUUUUCAAUAUAUCGGCCCAAACAUGCAAACAAUUUGAUCAUGUUUUUUUCCACUAUGUAGAUUCCUCUUAUUGUUCUAUUAUUAGUGCCUCAUUUUGCAAAUAUAGUGUAUUAUAUUUUUGGGAACUCAUUAUAAUUUUUACUGAAAAAGUGUAUUGGAUACUUGUAAAAAUUCAUUGUAACUACUGGUAUUAUCAAAGUCUGAAAAAUAUUUCAAUCUUUUGUACAUAUUAUGUAAGAAAUGUAAUUAAGAUAUAUGUAGGAAAGAAUGAUCUCAAAAUGUUUGUAUAUAUUAACAGGUAUAAGAAAAAACAAAUUAUAUUUAA